CUCCCCCAGCAGUACCCGCUUCCUCUCACCCCCAGGACGAGAUGGCAGCUCUCAUUGCUGAGAACUUCCGCUUCCUCUCCUUGUUCUUCAAGAGCAAAGACGUGAUGAUCUUCAAUGGUUUAGUGGCCCUGGGCACGGUGGGGAGUGAGGAGCUCUUCUCUGUUGUUGCCUUCAACUGCCCUUGCUCCCCUGCCCGCAACUACAUCUAUGGGCUGGCUGCCAUCGGUGUCCCAGCUUUGGCCCUCUUCCUCAUUGGCGUCAUCUGGAACAACCACACCUGGAAUCUGGUGGCCGAGUGCCACAAGCGUGGCAUCAAGAACUUCUCUGUGGCUGCCACCUUCCUCCUCUUUGGCUCCAUCAUGGGCCGGGCAGCCGUGGCACCCGUCACCUGGUCGGUCAUCUCGCUGCUGCGCGGGGAGGCUUACAUCUGUGCCCUCAGCGAGUUUGUCCAGCCAUCCUCCUUGGACAAGUUCCCAGCUGAGUAUGGGGCUGAUGUGCUGGCCAGGUUCCCCUGUAAAGAUGUGCCGGCAAACCUCACCAAGUUCAGGGACGAGGUGACGCGGAGGCUGAGAUACGAGUCCCAGCUCUUUGGCUGGCUGCUCAUCGGCAUUGUUGCGGUCCUGGUUUUCCUCACCAAGUGCCUGAAGCACUGCUGCUCACCGCUGAGCUACCGGCAGGAGGCUUACUGGGCCCAAUACCGCUCCAACGAGGACAAGCUCUUCCGUCGCACAGCUGAGGUCCACUCCAGGAUCCUGGCAGCCAAGAAUGUGAAGCAAUUCUUUGGCUUUGUGGCGCUGGACAAGGAGGAGAAGGAGCUGGUGCAGGAGUUCCCAGUGGAAGGCGUGCAGCCAAGCCCCCAGUGGAAUGCCAUCACGGGUGUCUACAUCUACCGGGAGAACAAGGGCUUCCCCCUCUACAGCCGGCUCCACAAAUGGGCCAAAGGGGUGGAAGGGAAUGGACCAAGCCCGGAAGGCCAUGAAAUGCUCUUUUUGGCUUCCUAAGAUGGGUGCUGGCAGUUACUCCCCAGACUGCCUGGUAGGCCUAUCAGUAUUGGUGCACAGGCUGAGGGUUUCACUGGGAAUAUCCCUCCCAGCAACAGUUCUCUCAACAGGUAAAUAGGGAUCAAGAACCUCAAGGUAGAGACUAAAGCAAUACACUGAGCAGGGAACACCUCCCUUAGAGAAAACCUCGCUGCUGCUCCCAGAGACAGAAGGGGAGCAAAGAGCAGAUGCAGACCUUACAUCCAGCUUCCAGUGCACCAGCAGAAGCCUUGGGGAGCAAGAGGUGGGCACAUUUCUAACCCUGACUCCUGCAGUCCCACUUGUCUCCCCCAUGGCAAGGUUAGCCCCAGUCAUCUCGCACACCUACUUUCGUUAUUGACAUUGGUAUGUUCUCAGCCAGUUGCGCUGUGCCUGUUACGCAGGCAGAUCCCAAAGCAAUUUCCGGGCAUUACAAUGCAGGGAAAGAGGGAAGCAGAGUGUAAAUUCCUGUGGCAAGAGGGAUGCAAUAGCACCUGGGAAGAAAUGGGUCAGUAAUAGAGCAGCACACCAAAUAACUGAGAGACUAAGAUAGGAAGAAUCACCAAUAUUCCUGGUAUUCAGAAAGACACUCUGUAAUUAACCAGUUGGAAUCUGGGUAUGACACCAAACUUCCUUUGUUCUUAUUGAAGUGCCUGGCAAUCUCCAAUCAGUCCAAGUGGUCACAACCGUAAGUUUAUAAACCCAGAGGAUGGCACCAUCAACAGAAUAGUUUUCAGGGGAGGUGGAGGCUGAGAGGCAGCAGUACCUGCUGUGAGCCACACCACCAUCUGCAGCUCAUUGCAUUUCUCAUCGAACCAUUGGAUGAGUCCUGCUUGUUUGGGUUGCAAGCUGCAGCAAGACCUCAACCAGAAUUACUUUUAUAUUAUGUAUAUAUACACACACACAUACACAUAUAGUAUAUAUGCUAUGUAAUUGUAGUUAGCUAGCUGUAUUAAUGGAACAUCUUUCUUCGAGGGAAAGGGGACAAGAAGGUUGCCAGCCAAAAGAGCUUACUACAUGCACCCAUCUGCUGCCCUGGACUACAGCCCUGGAGUGACA